AUGGGCUCUGAGAUGGAGGAGGACUCUGAUGUUUCCAUGUCUGAAGACGAGGAGGAGGAGAAACCCCAAAACGCCCGCCCGUAUAUGGCGCUUCUUCAAGGUUUCACAGAAUCUUCGGAGCCAAGCGCUAAAAGAAGGAAACUCGAAGGUGGCACGUCUGCGGUCCCUGCACAAGCCGAGUCUGAAUCCGAUGAGGAUGAGGACGAGAAGGAAGGCGAGGAUGUCGACAGGGUUGAGGAGGCUGAGGACCCGAUGGCUGACCUCGCCGAGGAAGAGGAGCAAAGCGAUGACGAAGACGAUGUGGACGCUUCAGAUCCGUUCGACAGCCACUUCACAACCCCCGACGAAGAUUUAACCGCGAAGAGGGUCAAGGCGGUUCAGAAGAAGGACUGGACGUUCAAGCGGACCAUGUCAAAGGUUUCGAAGGCGGUCGUGACGUAUCCCCAUGUGGAAGACUCAGACGCACCAGUGAUUCCUUCGCCGAUUUCUAGCCUGGACGGGCUGAAGCUUAAGCAGAAGCUGAGGGAAACUGCCUCUAAGAAAUUGGCCACGCUCGACCCGCUGCAACAGGCCAUUGCCCCCACGAUCUUUAGCUACAGCGACGUCCUGUACGAUAACCGUAACACUCAAAACUCUGAAGGGCUGCGGCAACUAGUGUGUUUACAUGCCGUCAACCACGUCUUCAAGACCCGAGACAGAGUCAUCAAAAAUAACUACAAGCUCGCGAAAGAGGAGAAUUCGGACCUCGAACUUAGAGAUCAGGGCUUCACGCGCCCCAAGAUCCUCUUCAUCCUGCCGACGAGACAGUCCUGCCUGAAGAUCGUCAACACGAUCGAGGAGCUGUGCGCACCGGACCAGCGGGAGAACCGCAAACGCUUCGAGGAGGCGUACACCGACGACGACGUCAAGUUCAGCGACGACAAGCCCGCCGACUUCCGCGAGCUGUUCGAGGGCAACGACGAUGACAUGUUCCGCAUCGGCAUGAAGUUCACGCGCAAGACGGUCAAGUACUUUUCGCAGUUUUAUAACUCGGACAUCCUCCUCGCCAGUCCACUGGGUCUCCGCAUGGCUAUCGGCUCCGAGGAGGACAAGAAAAAGAUGGACUACGACUUUCUCAGCUCAAUUGAGAUGGUGGUCGUCGACCAGGCCGAUGCCUUGCUCAUGCAGAACUGGGAACACGUCGAGUACAUUUUCGAGCAUAUGAACCUCCAGCCCAAGGACGCCCACGGCUGUGAUUUCAGCCGCGUCCGCAGUUGGUACCUCGAGGACUGGUCCAAGUACUUCCGCCAGACCAUCAUGCUGUCGGCCUUCAACACCCCCGAGCUCACCGAGCUCUUACGCACACAGUGCUACAACUGGGCUGGCAAGGUUCGCUUCCAGGCCGACUACGCGGGCGUCCUCACACAGCUCGGCCUCAAGGCCCGCCAGACCUUUUCCCGCUUCGAGUGCCGGUCUAUCGACAAGGAGCCUGACGCCCGCUUCGACUACUUCGUCUCGGCCAUCCUCCCUUCCCUCAUCAAGCGCGCCAAGAGCUCUACCGGCACCCUUAUCUUCAUCCCCUCGUACCUCGACUUUGUCCGUGUGCGCAACUACUUCGCCACGAACCCGGCCGUCGCGGCGCUCUCCUUUGGCACCAUCUCCGAGUACGCCGACGUGCCCGAGGCCUCGCGCGCACGCUCCCACUUUCUCACUGGCCGGCACAAGGUUCUCCUGUACACGGAGCGCGCGCACCACUUCCGCCGCUACCAGCUGCGUGGCGUCCAGCGCGUCAUCAUGUACAGCCUGCCCGACAACCCCAUCUUCUACCGCGAGAUCGCCGGAGGCUAUCUCGCUCGCAGCGAGCAGGACCUCAAGCUGGAUCCCGGCCAGGGCACCGUCCGCGUCAUGUUCUCCAAGUACGACGUUAUGAAGCUCGAGCGCGUCGUCGGCACGCAGCGCGUAGGUAAGAUGAUUCAGGAGAAGGGCGAUACCUUUGAUUUCGUGUAA